CCUGGUGUUGUUGCCUGCUGCUGCACGUGGUCCGCUGGGUCCGCCUGAGACUCACAACAGCGUCCCGUCUGCAGCACCAGCGGAUUACCUUCCUGCUUCUGUCGCUCGCAAUGUCCACGUCCACGAGCUGCCCUAUUCCCGGGGGCCUUGACCGGCUGCCCGACUGCUACAGCACCACGCCGGGGGGCACGCUGUACGCCACAACCCCAGGAGGCACCAGGAUCAUCUACGACAGAAAGUUUCUGCUGGAGUGCAAGAACUCACCCAUUGCCCGGACACCACCCUGCUGCCUCCCUCAGAUUCCCGGGGUCACAACUCCAACUGCCCCACCCUCCAAGCUGGAAUUGCUGAAGGAACAGAAGGAGACAGAGGACGAGAUACCCGAUGAUGCACAAUUUGAAAUGGACAUCUAACCCAAUACAGAUGACCCCAUGUGUGGAGUUACAGAAGGAUCCCUCAUGCCACUGCUGACACCACCUCUUCCUGGGGUAUUCAGAAGCCAGCUGGUCUCUUCUAAUCUGGACAGGGAUGACUUAUUGCUUCUGGGCCUCCCUUAGUUCUGAGGCAGCUAGACCAAGGAUGGGAGUGGGCAACUUACCAGGCCCUCAGCUCUUUGUCUUUGGUCUGUGAGUACUCAUCCCAAACUCCAGCCCUCUAUGCUCAGGGUUGGGACUGGGGUAUAGUGUUGUCACUUUGGGGCUGCUCAGUAAACAUUCAAAGAAA